GCAUGACGCCAUGUCGCCAUGUCUUCUUCUCCGAUAGCUUCUCCUUGCCGAAAAUGGAAACCAAGAGAAGUGCCUUGUCUUCUGCGUUUUCAUUUUUCAGUUCGAGAAGAAGAGGAAUUGCAGCGGCAAUAGGUACUUCUUCUUCUUCUUCUUCUUCUUCCCUGCGUUCAUUUUCAUUUCACUCUUGCCCUGAAAAUGUUUCUUCUUCGUCAAAUCAAAGUUACUCGCCUUAUUCCAACCUUUCCGAGACCGGAAAAAACUUCAAUCACGUAAACAAUGUAGACGAUGCUCUGAAUUUGUUCCGUGAAAUGGCUCGUACCCGGCCCUUGCCUUCCACUAUCCACUUCACUAAACUGCUUAGUAGGGUUAUGAAAAUGAAGCAUUAUUCGAUUGUUGUUUCCUUGUUCCAAGAAAUGCGCGUUAGGGGUAUCCCCAUCGGCGUGUAUACCCUUAACAUUCUGAUUGAUGCAUUCCGCUGCUCAGAUCGAGUGGAUUGCGGAUUUUGUGUGCUCGGUCUGUUCUUCAAGUGUGGAAUUGAGUUUGAUAAUAUCACAUUCAACACCCUACUCAAGGGUCUCUGUCAAGAUCACAAGAUUGUGGAGGUUGUGGAGCUAUUCAGGAAGUUGGUGAGGGAAAAUUUGUAUACCCUUAACACCUUUAACAUUCUGAUUGAUGCCUGCUGCCGAGCAAAUCGAGUGGAUUGUGGAUUUUGUGUACUCGGGAUGCUCUUCAAGCGUGGAAUUGAGUUUGAUGUGAUCACAUUCAACACUCUCAUCAAUGGUCUCUGUCUAGAUAACAAGAUUGCAGAGGCUGUAGAGCUAUUCAAGAAGUUGGUGAGGGAGAACAUGUGUGAAAUCGAUCAUAUUACCUAUGGAACUCUUAUAUCUGGACUUUGCAAGGCGGGUUAUGCACAAACUGCUCUCGAUUUACUCACACAAAUGCCAAACGAGGGGCCUAAGCCUAACACCAUAGGCUAUAAUACUCUGAUCAAGGGUCUGUGUCUAGAUAAUAAGUUUGUGGAAGCAGUGCAGCUAUUCAGGAAGUUGGUAAGGGACAAUGUGUGCAAGAUUGAUGAAGUUACAUAUGGUACUCUUAUAAGCAUGCUUUGCAGGGCAGGUUAUACACAAAACGCUCUUGAUUUACUCAGAGUGAUGCAAAAGGAGGGUCCUAAGCCUAAUACUAGAGCCUAUAACACUGUAAUUGAUGCUCUAUGUAAAGAGGGAAUGGUUGAUGAAGCUCUCAACCUUCUUUCUGAGAUGAAUGGAAUUGGGGUUCCCCCGGAUAUCUUCACAUACACUUCAUUAAUCCUAGGGCUUUGCAAUUUUAGUCGAUGGAAAGAGGUUACUAAGUUAAUGAAUGAGAUGGUUCUUCAUAAUGUAUAUCCCGGUGUCUAUAUCUUCAAUAUAUUAGUGGAUGCCUUUUCCAAGGAGGGGAAGUUGAAAGAUGCAGAGAGUAUAAUUCAGAUCAUGAUUCAAAGAAACACUUAUCCUGAUGUGGUUACAUACAACACUCUUAUUGAGGGAUAUUGUCUGCAAGGACAGAUGGAUGAAGCAAGGAAAGCUUUUGGUAAAAUGGUGGAUAGAUGCAUCCAACCUAAUGUUAGGAGCUAUAACACUUUAAUUAAUGGAUACUUUAAAAGAAAAGAAAUGGAUGAUGCCAUGCAUCUUUUUCAUGAAAUGCCUCAGAAAGGGAUAUGUCCUGAUGAUGUUACAUAUACCACAAUCUUGCAGGGGUUAUUUCUGGUGGGUAGAUGUUCUACUGCAAUAAAACUUUUUCAGGAUAUGCAGGUUUCUGGACACAACCUUACUUUUCACACUUUCUGUGUCUUACUUAAAGGUUUAUGCGAUAAUGGACACAUUGAAGAAGGAAUGUCUGUCUAUCAUAAGUUAGAUAGAAAUGUAAAUUGCCCUCUUGUUUUUAGUAACAUCAUGAUAGAUGGAUUGUGCAACACUGGACAGCUACAUAUUGCACGUGGUAUAUUCAAUAAUCUCCUUUCUAAAGGACCACACCCAGAUGUGCAGACAUACAAUAUAAUGAUAAAUGGACUUUGUAGAGAAGGAUUCACAGAUGAAGCCUUAUACUUGUUCAGGAAAAUGGAGGAGAAUGGUUGCCUGCCAAAUACUGUAACUUAUACUGUUAUUUUGCAACAAUUUGUGAGAACGAAAAAGUGUUAUGAGGCGAAUGUUAUUUUUGAUGAAAUGAUUGGUAGGGGUAUUUCUCCAGAUGGUUAUACAUUGUCCUUCAUGAACGACUUGCUUGCACUUGGAACUGGACAGGAGUCGGUACUAAAGAUGAUCCAGAAAUUUGCAGCAAAUGAUGUAAAGUAACUACAUGUUUGAAAGCUUCUUGCUUGGUGUGCUUGUUCAUAAAUUCAUCUAGCACCUUGAGGAGGACACAGAACCAGCUGUACGCUGAGGACACCCAACCGGCUGUACCCAACAGAUUCCACAAGCUUGCAUCUUAGCCUAUAUACUUUUAACAAGAAUAUAAGAUAAUACUUUUUGGUGGAGAAAGAUAAAAUGCCAAUUGCCUCUUAUGCACUCACUCACCAGGGGUUUCUUGAAGUUAAAAGAGUACAAUUGAGUGAUGCCUCUUGCAAAGUAAUAUCCAUCUGACAUUCUAGUGAUGCCAGCUGCACAAGUAUUCCUUGCACGAUCGAUGUAAUUGACUAAUUGUUGAUUUGAUUCCUGUUACUACUGGAGCUAAGGAAA